CCGAUAUUUGCGUUACUCGAAAUAUGCACUAGAAUUUAAAGCUACGAAGCAAGCAAACACUUCUCCUCUCACUAACAAACAGUACAGAGCACCACCACAGCGUGUCAGAACAACGAAAGAAUGGAGCAACAUUUGAAAUUGGUCCAGGAGUUGAAGGCGGUGGUGGCAAUGGUGUUGGUUCAAAUUUCAUACGCAGUCAUGAAUGUUCUCUAUAAGCUUGCUGCAGAUGACGACAUGAAUCUGACUAUUCUUGUCGCUUAUCGUCUCUUGUUCGCCACUGCUUUUAUGGUUCCACUCGCUCUCAUCUUUGAAAGGAAGAACAAGCCUAAACUCACACGGAAUGUGCUUUUCCUGACAUUUCUUUCGGGGUUAAUUGGAGCGUCCUUGGCUCAAAAUCUCUUCAUUCAAAGCUUGGCUUUAACAUCCGCAAUCUUCGCUUCAGCUAUCCCUAACCUCAUGCCUGGUUUUACCUUUGUCAUGGCUAUCUGCUUCAGUUUGGAAAAGCUGGAACUAGGAACAAAGGCAGGGAACGCGAAAGUGGCAGGGACAGUGUUAGGAAUAUGUGGGGCCAUGGUUUUCACACUCUACAAAGGCGUAGAGAUCAAAAUAUGGCCACCAGUGACUGAUCUGCUGCAUCAUCACCAUCGGGAUGGAGGAGAGACGGCACCGUCUGAUGGUUUGUCCGUCAAGUUCAUCUUGGGAUCUCUGUUAGCUCUGGGAAGUAGUCUCUGCUACGCCCUGUGGUUAAUAAUUCAGGCUAAGAUUAGUAAGAGAUAUCCGGCCCCAUACUCGAGCACGGCUCUAAUGUGCAUAAUGGGGUCUGUACAGACAAUGGUGUUCGCUCUGUGCAUGGAAAGAGAUUUGGCUCACUGGAAACUGGGCUGGAAUAUUAGACUCCUCACUGCUGCUUACACGGGAAUUGUAACGUCAGGAGUGAUUGUGGUCCUAAUGUCAUGGUGUAUACAUCUGAAAGGUCCAUUGUUUGCAUCCGUUUUCACCCCACUUUCUCUUGUGAUUGUGGCCAUUGUUGGAUCUUUGGCACUUGAAGAAAAACUCCAUCUGGGAAGCAUAUUAGGAUCAGUGUUUAUUGUGGCGGGAUUAUACGUGGUGUUGUGGGGUAAAAGUAAGGAGACGAAGAAGCCACCUGAGCAACAACCACCCACAGAAAGCCAAGAACCUGAACUCGAAGAGCUGGUUGUGGCCGGUGAUAAUAAGACGAAGAAUGAAGAAGCUAACCAAGUUACAAGAGAUAAGAAAUGCCGAGCAGCUGUUGAGCAAAACAAUUGUACAAGGAGCAGUGAAGGGAAGGGGAGAUCGAGCAAAACGCCAUUAAUGGAGAAGAAGUUGAUAGCAGUUAUUGUGAUUUUACUGGUGAUGGGAAGCGUAGCGCCUGAUGCUUUCGAUUGCUACGAUGCUUGUUCCACUGCUUGUGUUCAACCCAACGCGAGGCUCAUGCAGCGAUGUGAUCUUAAGUGCCAAAUCAAAUGCGGUCCAGAUUCCACGGUUAAAGAACAUAAGGUUUAAGGGCUGUAAAGAUGGUGUGAAAGGAAUUAAUUGGUGGGCCGGCGUACUUGGAUGUGUAUUGCGUAUGCGUAUGGAUUAGCACCAUCAAAUAAUAACUUUUAGGUUCCACCAUUUAUAUUAAUUCCACUCAACCUAAAAAAAACUUAUGAAUUAUUGGCCUUCUUGUUCCGUUCUA